CUGGGCAGGGCGAGCCCUUCAUAAAGCGGCGCGGCGGCGGCAGCGCACCCAGCCCGCUCCCCGGCUCGGCUCGGCACGGCACGGCACGAUGGAGACGGGCGGGUGCCGCAUGGGCGGCGCGGAGCCGGGCGCCCCGGCGAUGAUCACGCUGGAGGACCUGGACGGGAUGGCGGAGGACAGCCCCGACUCGGCGUACCACAGCAACGGCAGCAGCCUGGAGGAGGAGGCCGAGCGCAUGGAGGACGAGGAGCAGGAGCGGCUGCUGAGCUACUGGCAGAGCGUGGGCAGGGGGCACCAGGUGGACGUGCCCCGGGAGAUGGCAGAGCCAAUUCAGCAGCUGACUAGAAAUAACAAUCCCCAGGAGAGACAGACCAUCCCAUUUACUCUGAUCCAGCGCAAAGAAAAGCUUGGAGAUCUGCUUUACGAAAAACGUCAGUAUGGAAAAGCCAAGUGGGCUUGCAUAAAAAUGAAAGAAAAACAGUAUGAACAGAGCAUAUGCCUUGGAUUCAUGAAGCUUAUGAGGUACAUUUGUGAGCAGAAUUCCUCAGGACUGUACUUGGGGAUAACAAUACCCAUUGUGACCAUAGUCCAUACAAACGAAUCUCAAUCGGAGAUGACACAGUCAGUGACAGUAGCAUACUACCUGCCUGAAGUGCUGCAGGACGAGCCACCUCAUCCUUUUGAUUCUGACAUAAUAAUUGAAGAAUGGCCUUCUACUAUUGUUUAUAGUAGGAGCUUCAGAGGAAUCACCAAUGAAGACUCUAUAAUGAGAGAAAUAAACCUGUUGGCAGAAAUUCUGGAGAGUCCCGAGUUAUGUUUGCAGGACACGUUCAUCAUUGCAGGAUACACGAAUCCAGCUGCUGCCAAUCGACACAAUGAGAUAUGGUUCCUUCAAAGACCAUAGCUUCUCAUUUCUGAUGCUUGUCAGUCACAAGAAUCAGUUCUGAUUUACUGGCAGAAUCUUACAGGUGAAUCACAUGAGACUAGAUGUCAAACCCUCAAAGAUUUUAGAAAUGUGGCUUUUAGUCAGUGUAGCAAGGCAAUCACUCCAACUUAAUAAUCAAAGGUAACACCUGAAACAUACACCUAUGUCAACUUUCCUAUGUCAACUUUCACAGUUUUUACACAAUUUUAUGGAGAUUUUUAGCACUUUAAAGGUUAGUUCACCUUAUCUUUUUUUACAAGAUAAGGGAGACAGAGACCUCUCUCCUCAUCCACUUAUUAGCACCUCUAGACUGCUUGUGGCUUGGGACAGUCCUAGGGGAGAUCCUGGAGCCCAUGGCCUGGCCUGCUCUGGGUACCUAGUGCUGCACCAGGACACAAAGUCCUUCUUGGGGCUUUCAGUGGGACACACAUUAAAAGCACCUCGCACAUGCAGGCUAUGCUUCAGAAAAAGAAUGCUCAGGCCUUAAUUUCUGAAGAAAACUACCAGAUGUAGACCACUGAGAUUAAACCAAUGAGUAAGAGUAGGCCAACACUGACUACUUUUAAUGUCAUCAUCUGUGGCGCAAAGAUUCUUAAUGCUUACCUCAAAAAGCGUUCAACCAAAGUAUUUUUAACCUUGAGAAGAGACCAAGGUGGUAGAACAGUCCUAAUGGUGAUUAAAGUUUUGAUAGCAAAAGUUACAGGUUACCUUAAUCACACACUCAUAGUAAUCCCACAACUAUAUUCAGCAUUCCUGAAUAGAAAGUGGUUAUUCUUAACUCUUCAGUUUUCUGAACACUUUCUUCUUACAACUUUGCUGAAUGUUAAAACACCAGAGCUGAAGUAAUUUGUUCAGUACUUUUCAGAGUCUUCUGG